AUGGGGUGGCUGCUAAGCUUCGUUGUCUGGCUUCUCGAAGCUUUGGGGGCUAUCGUUGCCAUUAAUCUGCUCCGACAGGCACUUCCACGAAACAAGCAAGAGCCGCCUACUGUGUUCCACCUGUUUCCAUUUAUAGGAAAUGCUGUGUCGUACGGUAUAAACCCUCCUAAAUUCUUCGAAAAAUGCCAAGCCAAGCAUGGAGAUAUUUUCACGUUUGUUCUUCUUGGCAAGAAGAUCACAUGCUAUUUUGGCAUCGACGGCAACGAUUUUAUUCUGAAUGGCAGCCACGAUGACCUGAACGCCGAGGAGAUCUACUCCCCUUUAACAACGCCAGUCUUCGGUUCCGAUGUCGUAUACGAUUGCCCCAACUCAAAACUCAUGGAACAGAAAAAGUUUGUCAAAUUUGGUUUGACGCAGCGAGCCCUUGAGUGCCACGUUCCGCUCAUUGAGCAAGAAGUUGUCAAUUAUAUUGGCAGCGAGAUUUCGUUUUUGGGAAAGUCUGGCAAAAUGGAUGUCUCCAAAUCAAUGGCCGAGAUUACCAUUUUCACUGCUGCUCGAGCCCUUCAAGGGUAUGAGGUACGUGAGAAAUUGACGGCCGAGUUCGCGACUUUAUACCAUGAUCUCGACAUGGGCUUCCAGCCGAUUAACUUCUUAAUGCCGUGGGCACCACUGCCACAUAACCGCAAGAGGGACGCUGCGCAUUCCAAGAUGAGGGCCAUAUACAUGAAUAUCAUAGAGAAUCGCCGAAAAAUCGGACUUAAAGAUGGAUCAGACAUGAUAUGGAGCCUGAUGAACUGCAAUUACAAAAAUGGCUCGCCAGUCCCAGAUAAGGAGAUAGCACAUAUCAUGAUCACGCUGCUUAUGGCUGGACAGCAUACCUCGUCCUCGGCCAGUUCAUGGAUAAUACUUCAUCUCGCAUCGCGCCCGGAUAUCACAGAGCAACUAUACCAAGAACAAGUUCAAAAUCUCGGUCAUAAUGGCAGACUCUCGCCGCUACAAUACGCCGAUCUGAGUAAGCUUCCCUUGCUGCACAACGUGGUGAAGGAAACGUUGCGAGUACACUCUUCAAUUCAUUCAGUCAUGCGCAAAGUCAAACGACCAAUCGAGGUUCCGGGGACUCCCUAUGUCAUUACACCGGACAAGGUCCUCCUUUCAUCGCCUCUGGUAACCGCGCUGAGCAAUGAGUUUUUCCCCAAUGCCCAAAAAUGGGAUCCACACCGAUGGAAAAGUCUAGAAAGGGAGACCGAUACUUCAGACGAAUCUAUAUUUAGGGGAGCUAGAAGUCCAUACUUGCCAUUCGGCGCUGGUCGACAUCGCUGCAUCGGCGAAAAGUUUGCUUAUCUGAACCUCAGCGUCAUUGUGGCCACCAUGGUGCGUAACUUUCGGUUCUUCCUACCAAAUGAGGACAAGAAUCUCCCCCAGACAGACUAUUCGUCUCUAUUCUCUCGACCAAAGCAGCCAGCUAUGAUUGGCUGGGAACGCCGACAUCAGGAUGAUAACGGGUUGCCCUGA